AUGCCAGAACAGCGAGUCCCUGAUGUGUCCAAGUUUGAGCACGGCAACGAGAAAGAUCGUGAGGUAUACAUGAUUGCAUUUGCGGCCGCAAUCAAUGAAUUCGACUACGACAGAUACCAGUCUGCGCUUAAACUUGCAGCGGGAAAUGUCUGUGCCGCCUUUGAACGAGAUGGACUGUCCACAGUCGGCGUGGCUCACUAUUUGUACAAGCUGGACGUGGCAUUUUGGGACAUAUACUUUGAUGUUCUUGGCGAUGAUAAGCCUGCUUGCCCCUGGAUCACACAUCCUGUCCAGAACGACCCCAACGACGAACCGUCCGAAGCCUACAUCGACUGGCGCAGUCAACGGGGAUUGACAGGUUCCAUGGAUGUCUCUGGUGAUGCUAUCGUCGCGGAAGAGAGCGAUUCCCGAGACCCGAUGUCUUUGAUUCCGCUCCUGAAGCUAUCGAACCGCCAGGCUACCGACAUGGCUAAUGCUGCUACUGAACAGGCGAUGAAGAACAUAGAAAUGCUCAAAUCGGUCGAGAAGCUCCGUGAUGAGAACGAAAUGCUUCAGCAGAAGGUAGAGCGUUUGGAAGAGGAGGCACGCAUGGGGACCUUUCAGGGUAACGAUGUCAUCACUUUCGGGCGGUCAUAA